GUUUAAUGAAAAACCAAAGCAAUGGAGGGACAGAGAAUUUACUGACUCCAAUGGCAAAAAGUGGAGAGAGAAAGAAGGCUGGACAGAGGGGAGGAUCUGGUGGAAAGAUGUACAGUUACUGACUAAAACGCUCUCUUUGUGAGCAACCCAACAUAUGUGAAGAAGGAGCGGCAUGUUUUUAUUCUAAGUUUGGAAACUCUCAUCAGGAAAUAUUUGGAAAAUGCCUCAUCUUGUGUUUUUAAUCUCUGGGAUGAUCCUGACAGAGAGGGGAAAGGAUUCCUUGUGAACACUGGAUCUUCACGUGUCAGAUCUUUCUGAUCAUCCCAUCGACAUGGACCGCCUGAGUGGGAACAAACAUGAGCGACAGACGCACCAGGUCCUACAGAACACUCCUUUAGACCUGAUUGAAACAGGGAAGUCUUUGAAAGUCCAAGCAGAGCGCCCCCACCUGGUCAGCUUGGGAAGUGGACGCCUAAGCACAGCUAUCACUUUACUUCCAUUGCUGGAAGGGAGAACUACACUGGGCAGUGAGAGGACAGAUAUCCCCCUGCACGGCCCUGGCAUUGCUCCUCAGCACUGCUACAUUGAAAACCAGGCAGGGAGCAUCACCUUGUACCCAUGUGGGAACCCGUGCUCUGUGGAUGGACUUGCCAUCUCCAAACCAUAUCGCCUCACACAAGGGUGCAUGCUGUGUUUUGGUCAGUCGGCAUUUUUUCGUUUCAACCACCCAGAAGAGGCUCAGAGAAUGAAGAACAUGCUGCCCGGAGGACACCUUGAUGCCCCCAAAACACUUACCUCUGAUACCCACAGAAGCUCCAAUGGGAACCAUGAGCUUUUUUCAAGCGAUGCCACACUCAACAACAUGGCCAAGAAUCUUCAGAACUCCUUGGUGCUGAAAGCUUCUGCCUCAUUGGGGACUGGUAAGCAGCAUGGCCAAGCAGCUCCUGCAGACCUGCACCUGAACGGUAAAAAUGGCUCCUCGACAACAGCUGAAAACAAGAGCAUCUCACUCGGCCAGAACAGCAGCGAUAAACCUUUUCCAGUUGCCACCAGAUCCAUGAAUACCAGUCAAAUUCCUGUUCCUCAUCCACGGACUUCACGUUCUACCGCCUUAAGUGACACCAGUGUGGGUCAGAAGAUCCACGAGAGCCCAAAACCCCUUAGAAAGUCAAGGGCAGAGGCCACACCAAGCCCUAAACCACAUAUUAAGGGGUUAGGGCAAGGUCCAGAAAACUUAAGUUUUAUCCCCAGUCACACUGCACCCUCCACUAAGUUUUCCACGGCUCCACCCAGCCCACGAUUGAGAGACUCUUACCUGCAGAGGAGGUCCCACAGUCCCAUGCAACAUCAUGUGGAUGUCCUUCAAAAGCCAACUGGGUCCAACACUCUGAAGGAGCUUCCUCCUCCCAGUCCCCACAUGUCCUGUAGAGAGACCCAAAGGAGCCCUCAGAGCCAGCGCAAACAUGCAUCUCCAUCAAAAACAGAGCACAUGAGGUCUCCGCAUAUACGGACUCCAUCAUCACUUACUAAAGCUGGGAGUGAGUUUGGAAGCAGGGCGAUGAGACCAGAACCAGGAAGCGCACUCACACCAAGUUUGGGUUCUGGACCUGGUUUGUCUCCCCUUGCAAGCCCUCGCAGUCAAAGAAAGACUUCUGCUGUAAGCACAAGGGCAUCUGGUAACAAAGAAGGGAAUCUUACCAAACCAUAUUCCAGGGAGCGCAAAAACAGCAUCUCUGAGAUCAGUGACAAUGAGGACGAGUUGCUGGAAUACCACCGCUGGCAGAGGGAGGAGAGGCUGCGAGAGCAGGAAAUGGAGAAACUGGAGCGACAGAGACUGGAAACCAUCCUGAACCUGUGCGCAGAGUAUAAUCAGGAGGACCGUUCUGCUGAGCUUGUGAGGACGGGGCUGCUGGAGGUUUUCAGAGGGGUCACCUCAGACGCAGCAGAAAGGACGUCUCAUCAGGGAGAAGGGAGAGCCCAGAGGCUAAGAGACAAUGAUGAAGACCUGCAGAGAGAGGAGUCGAGCAGCACAGAGAGCACACAUCAAGAGCAUGAAGACAUGUUUACUGGGCAGGAGCAGGCCUACCUGGAGGAGGAGAGAAGCAAGAUCCUGGCCAGGGUUGAUGGUCUGAAGCACAAAGUCAGUGAGCUGGAGCAGCAGCUGCAAGAGACCAAACAGGAGGUGGAGAUGGAGCAAGCCCUGCUGCAGGCGGAGAGGUGGGCAGAGCAGGAGGAGGUGGAGGCUGAAAACCAAAUCAUUUCUCAGCUUGAGCUCAGACUUGGCCAGCUGAACAAGGCCGCCCAACAGGAGAAAGACAAGGGGAGGGCUAAUGUGUCGGCUGAGCGGAGCCUCCUGGAAAAGCAGAGGAAUGAGUACAAUGAGCUGAAGAGGCAGUUUGAUAAGUGCCCCUUGUCUGAAAGGGAACAGUUGCAGGAGCAGCUCAGCAGGAAAGCAGAAGCUAUAGAGUCUGGCACCAAGCAGUUUGAGGAGCUGGAGUUCUGUCAGCUGGAGGAGGAGAGCAGGCUGGAGGAGAGGAAGGAGGCUCAGAGCUCACAGCUGCUCCGAGAGCAAACAGAGUUUCAUUACAGUGUGGCCAACAGGAAGGAGAAGGUGGCUGCUUUAGACGCUCAGGUGAGGCAACUGGGGUUACAGGCGUCUCAGGACUGUGAGAGGAUGGUGAAAGAACGGACUGCAGCUCUACAGCAGCUGCAGAAGGAGCAGGACAGGUUAUGUUCCCUGGAGAGGAGAUACCAGGCUUUAACAGGAGAGGAGCAAUUCCCAAAGGCCACCAGCAGUGUGAAGGAGGAAUCACUUCACAUCAGCGAGACUGACCUUGUUAAUGUGGACGGCCCUCUUCAUAGCCCCUGUCCCUCUUCUGCCUCUUCCUCCUCUAUCAUUCCCUCCCCUGAACUCUGUCCUGUCAGGCUUCAAGAGGAGUACCUGAGGCUGUCUGAUGUAUAUAGGAUGUAUGGAAAUGCUUCUAUGCAGCCUCUCCCUUCUUCCCUCGCUGCUCUCCACUGCCUCUCCCUUUCUGCACCACCAGCUCUCCCGUGUGAGGAGUAUAUCACAGUCAGUCAAUUAAGCCAGAUAUUUGGGAUGCAGAGGGUCAUCCCCUCAUCUUCCUCCUCUACUCCAUCAUUCCAACUUGCUUCGUCUGAAUCCUCGUUCUCCUCCCGCUCCGCUGCAUACGGUCCUUCCUCCUUUCUUUCAACUCAGAGCCAGGCUGAGCUGAGCAGGAAUGUUAUGACUCCCAUUAAUCUUGAGCGCUGGUAUCAGGACAUCAUGGCUGCUGGAGAGCCUCAGUCAUGUCCCCCUCCACUGCCCGCAAAGUCUUUUUCCACACGCAGACAUGGGCAGCUUUUGAAGUCUAAAUCAGAAGGUGAGGUUGGACAGGGAUCAUCAGGCAGUCACGUGGCCGGCGCUGUUGUCAUGUCACACUCCAGUAGUCUAAUGAAUGAAAGAAAUUCCGCCACCAAGGGAUUACAGCUGAUGCUAAGAGAGACGUCUAACCCGUUAGACAUGGACUCCCGGAGACAAAUGGCUUCCCUAUUUAAAGAUCCAUCUCCUUCAGUUAAUCACUCCAUCCUGCAUCAUCAGCCGCCACCAAGUGGCAGCCAGGCGUACGACACUUUGAGCUUGGAGAGCUCAGACAGCUUGGAGACCAGCGUAUCCACCGGCAACUCUGCCUGUACCCCAGAAAGCGCCUGUGGGGCGGAGGCGCAGAGGAUGGAGGAGAUGGAGAAGUUACUGAAGGAGGCGCAGCAGGAGAAAGCCAGACUGAUCGAGAACAGGGAGAGGGAGGUGCAGUCUCGGCGGCAGAUGUUGGAGGAGGAGAGGAGGAGGCGUGAGGAGGCAGAGAGGAGGCUUCAGGACGAGGCGGCCCACAGGCAGAGGCUGGUGGAGGAGGAGGUGAAGAUGAGAGAGAAACACUUCUCUCAGGCUCGUCCAAUGACUCGCUAUCUUCCAAACCGGAAGGAGGAGUUUGACCUCCGAGCCCAUGUGGAGUCCUGCGGCCACAGCCUGGACACCUGCCCCUUCGUCAUCCUCACAGAGAAAAUGUGCAAAGGUCAUUUGGUGAAGAUGGGCGGCAAAAUCAAGUCCUGGAAGAAACGUUGGUUUGUUUUCGACCGUCUCAAGAGGAACUUCUGCUAUUACGUCGACAAGCAUGAGACCAAACUGAAAGGACUCAUUUACUUCCAGGCGAUUGAAGAAGUCUACUACGAUCACCUCCGCAGUGCGACCAAGAGUCCAAAUCCAUCUCUGACGUUCUGUGUGAAAACUCACGAUCGACUUUACUACAUGGUGGCACCGUCUCCAGAGGCCAUGCGGAUUUGGAUGGAUGUCAUAGUGACGGGUGCAGAGGGCUACACACAGUUCAUGAGCUGAGGAUUUCGAGGGUGACUGGAUAGAGCAAACACCCCGACUCCUGUGAGCCGAUCGGGCCUACUCCCUGAAAGAGCUGAAGCCCAAAAGCACGGGAGUCUGACGGAUGAUGACAGAGGACCUGUCCCUUUAGAAACCUUGUGUUCUUAAAAGAUGCAGGGGGUUGUGACUGAGAUGUAUUUAUCAUUUGAAACGUGCUGUGGUGGAGGACUGGCAGUGGUCCAGGACUAUGACUCUUCAUCCAAAAAUGGGUUCAGAAAUAAUAAUGUGAUUUUUUUUAAAGGAUUUCAGGGACAACAUUUUCACAAUUUCCUAUUUUAUUUAAGCUAAAGGAUUUUACAUCCACAAAACUGAUCUAUGCAUGCAGUGUUAAAAUUUUAGGAUGUAUUUCUACCAUUUUUCCUGCAAGUUUGAUAUUUUUUUUCAAACAAAAUAAUAUACUACUACUAUAAAUAUACUAAUAUACUACAAAAUACUAAAUUUUGAAAUUAAGUCUAAUGUAGAGGCAUUGUUUACUGCAAUUUACAUUUUUAAAGGAAACAGUAUUUGGUGCCUAAACGCCUUUAUUAAAAUGAAUCUAUAUAUCUUGUAAGAAUAUUUUAUUUAAGCAAUAAUUUAGUGUUCCUGCUUUAAACAAAUACAGCAAAUAACUUGUGCUUUUUAGAAAAAACGUGCCACGGUAGCAGUUUAAUUAUAUUCUAAGACCACUGUGUAGAUCUAAUAAAGAAUAAACAAAGACUCUUUUGUUGACUUUUGUUUGUUGGAUAAAUUUGUUUAUGACAAACAGGUUAAACUGAACACCGUGUCUCACAAACCUUUUCCUGCUUUAAUAAUUAGCACUUCUCACAAACAACUCAUUAGUUACAAGCUUUCUUAAAAUAAUCGCAUAAGCUUUAAUGAGAUGUCGCUUUGUUGAAGUUGUUUUAAAAAAAAAAGACUUGUCUAUUUAAGGAAGGAAAGUCAGGUGGUUUAGUGUGUUAACUGGCUCAUUAGCCUUGAAUUAUCUACUGAAGUCAUACCGACUAUUUGUACUUCUGGGGCAGCAAAAUUAAUUACAUCUGCUCUAGGUGGGACACAUAAGAAGUGGAAAAACAUGAAAUUACGUGCAACUUAACAUGCAUGAUUCAACAUCAAGAAAUCCGGACUGACACACUUGCUGUAAAAUAGUUCUUAUCUUUGCAUGGAGCGUCCUUCUUUUCCUGUUUUUAAGUUUGAGCGGUUUUCAGGAUAAAGAAAGCACGCGUGCAGCCUGAUAAUGAUGUACGACUGAGCUGCAGUGAUCAGGAGAAUAUUUAGUAGACAUGUAGGUAAUCAAGAACCGACACCUUAUCCCCCAACAGGUACCAAUUAGAUCCAGCUGCUGAAAUGUUAAUCCUCAAUUCCCUGGUUUGGAGUUAAAAGCAUAAUUAAAAUAAAUUCUUCAACAUUUGUCCUUCCUCUCUUGGUUCGGGUGAAGCUUCCUCGUCACCCUCAGUACCUGCAGUCUCUGACCUUGGAAGGGAUCUUCAAACAUGGUCCCAUUCAGUGUCUCAGAGUCCCUGGUUCUGCAUGAUAAACAACGCUUUAAGAGGGCAGUGUGAGCUGAUUAGUGUGCUGACGAGAAUGAGUGACACGCAGCCUUAUUGUUGUUGAAAUAUUAAUGAGCCGGGAGUGAUGUCCCUGAUCUUUCCAUUGCACAAGAUCCUGAGUAGGGCUUGAUCUCACAUAUGAUAGUUAGGCAGUGAAUUAAAAAAGUUCUCUUGAAUUUGUCAGGGUUAAAGGGAGAUAUUAGUUUUGUCUGAAAGAAAAAAGGACUUGAAAACUGAUGAAAUGGAGACAUUUCCCAGCUUAGACUGAAAGUUUAAAGCUUUGGCUGUCAAAACUUCCACUCCCACAUCCUUCCCGGCGUUUCCGAGCGGGAAUUUAUACGUUUUCAUUUCCAUAUGUGAGUACAAAUUAAUUUAAGAGAUUAAAGGGGAGAAAUGUUUUUGGCCCAUCCCUGAACAUGCUCUCCCUCCUCACAUACAUGCAUGGCAGAUGAAAGCAUCUCUCGCUUAAUGAAUCAGACGCAGCAGCGAAAGCUCCACAAAUGUUUACUGCUUUAAUAAAGUCACCCUCGUUUUCUUGAGGGGAACUUGAAGUGACAGUCACUGAGUCAAAACAAGGCACACAAUAUACAAAUCCAUUAGUUUGUCAUUUUUUCACACUUCAUGCCAAGCACAUUAAUGAACUGUAAAACAUAGUCAGUUGGGUUUAGUUCCAGACAGGUCACAGACAGCCACAUUAUCUCUGGAACUUCAUUCGUUGUUUCCUCAACAUUUCAGUGAACUAAGUUCAGUGGCAGACCAGCAUCUUUCCCAUAAGUGCCUCAUAAAUGCAGCCUGACAUUACAUCUUUACCUUUUCUGUGUCUCUUUUAAAGAAUAUAGCAACAUUGAAAAAAGCCCCAAGAGUAAUUACAUGAAAAUUAGAUAAAAGGAGAAAGGAUCUUCUGAAGGUGGCCUCCUGCUGGUUUUCCAGAAAUCCUGCCUUAUCUGCUGUUGAUUACCUGAAUCAGGUGUGUUCAUGUUGGUUGGAAAUCAUGUUGGACACUGGCACUCAAAGCCUGGAUUCUGACACCUCUCAUCUGAAGUGUCCUUAGGUGUGCAUGUGUGAGAGUGUGGGAGCGACUGUGUUGCCCUGCGACAGACUGGCGACCUGGGUGUACCCCACCUUUCACCCAGCAGUAUCCGGGAUAGGCCCUGGAAAACCAGUGACCCCGACAGGAAACACAAAAAAUUGAUUGAUGUUUUGUAGAUUAGAUUGGAUUGGAUUAGAUUAGAAUAGAUUAUCAUUAAAUUAUCAGGGUCCCUGUGCAACAUUGGAAAAAAGGGCCAAACAAUAGGAAAAAUUUAAAAAAUAACCUAUUUUGUCAAAUCUGGUUGCUUUUGUGGAUAAGAUAUCGCUGUAAAUCGCUCAAGAAGUAAGAAUUUUAUUACAUAUUCUGAUAUUUGCUUACUUUAAGAAAAUCGUCCCCUAUCUCUCCAUCCCUCCUAAUGAAUGAUACGAUCAUUUCAUACAAAUUGUAAAAGAGGAAGAAAAAAAAGAAUUCUGAUCCGGAUGAAACUUGUUCUUAGUUUUCCUAACAAGGCUAACUUUUUAUAGACCAUUUUAAUUCAACUACACACUAUCAACAAGAAUUGGAUUGGAAAGGCUUAAUAAAACAGUUCUCUGUUUGCUCUUAAAAUGUUAACCCCUGUAGUUGCCAUGUGUUCUAUCAUAAAACAAUACUUUGUAGUAAAUAUUGUAAAUACAUGCUUUUUAUUUAUCAUUUUAGUUUUUUAUAUUUGUGUCUGGUAGGACAAAGGUAGACUUGACUGACCUAAAACAAUGCUAUUAAGGGUUUAUAUGACAAUACAGAAAUUAUUAAGGUGUUCAGCAUGAAGUCAAAUGUGAGUUGUGGAGCUGAUGACCGCAGAAACAGUAAGAUUAAAAUUAUCAAUUUUACAAAUCCUGAUGUAGAAAAUAAAUAAAACAGAUUGCAUUGUUUCAUACCAAAGAAGACUUAAUUGUAGCACUAGAACGACGUAUUUGUUCUUAAUGUUCCAUGUCCUGUAGUUUAGUAUUUUGAGUUAAAUUCAGUAUGACAGUAUUAGACCAUAACGUUUUUUAUCCUCAUGUGUUUAACAUGUUCAAUGAAUGAAGUUGUCAAACAUCAGUUUAGCUGCAUUAAAUGAGGUCCCUGUGUAGCCUGCAGCUAUCUCAGAUUUUAAAGAUGCUUUUUGAGUAUCUGCUGUGUCUAAUGUGCACAAUAAACUUGCAUGUUAAGUGAUGUUGUUUGGCAAAGACAGACAAAUAAAGCAACAACUGAAA